AUGUUAAGCCCCGCACCACCCAUAGCUGAUUCCACGAAUGCGCUGUUGCGCCAGAAUCAGGAGUUGCGGCAACGGUUAGCUGAUGAAUCGCACAGCUAUCGACGACGACUGGACACCUACAAGCAGGCGCAACAGAAUCAAGCGAAUCUGGUGAGCAGACUCCAGUCGAAGAUACAGCAGUAUCGGCAACGUUGCAGCGAUCUGGAGGACCGCAUGCAUGAGACCAUUAAGCCAACCUCUACGGCAGCGACAACUACUUGUCCACCAAAGCUGACGACGGGACCAACCGCGAGCCAAGUAAUGAUCUGUCCCUGCAAUAAUAUCCGUGGAUAUUCUUUGUGCUUUCAGUGCUCCACUUCCUUAACACUCGGUCAGUCGAGUUUGCCCUGCAGCUCGUCGCUGGACUCUCCUCCACCCAGCUGUGCACGCGACUAUGUGCAUGACGAUGGCAGCGAACUGUGUCGCAAGCUGGAGGAGGAGCACAAUCGCUGUGAGCAGAUCCUGGCACAGAACAAUGCAUUGCGGCAACAGCUGGAGGAAUCCAAUCGGGUCAACGAGGCGCUGACCAAUGAUUUGCAAAAACUGACCAAUGAUUGGUCCAAUAUGCGCGACGAGCUAUUAAUAAAGGAGGACGAGUUCAAGGAAGAGGAGCAGGCCUUCAAGGACUACUACAACAGCGAGCACAAUCGUCUGCUGAAAAUGUGGCGGGAAGUUGUGGCGGUCAAACGUGCCUUCAAGGACAUGCAGACCUCGAUGAAAAAUGAGGUGGCCAAAAUGGGUAUGGAGAUCAACAGCGUGAGCAAAGACAUCAAUGGCAGCAAUUCGAGUGUGGCCUUCAAUCACCAGCAGGCCAAGCGUGCCGCUGAUGAGGAGCUGAAGCUAUCACGUCGCGAAAACGAUGAUUUGCAGGCCCAACUGGCCACACUGAAGGUGCAAUACGAGAGUGCCCGGCAUGAGAUAAUGGAGCGUGAUCAGCGACUGCUCGAACUGAUGAAUCAACUGAAGAAGCUUGAAGAUCGGUGCGCCCAAGCGGAAUCGCAGGCGGCCCUGGCUAAUCGCUACAAUGACGAAAUCGAGCGACUGAACAAUUCCAUGCGCGAAAUAGCUCAGGCUGUUGUACAAGAUGCCGAGAUCGCCGAUCGCGAGGCAGACGCCGAGGUCGGCGGGGCCAUGCAGCACAUGCACUUGACGCGUGAUUCCGCUUCAGUUGCGGGUGGUGGUGGCGGCAGCAAAUCUCCGAGACGCAAUUCGACGCGCGCAUCUCAAGCAUUUGCCGAGGGCACCAUUUCAGCUGUACAGGCAGCGCUGCACAAGUACCAGUUGGCCCUGCACGACAUGCAGGUUAAAUUCCAGAAUGCCAGCGAAAAUCUACGCACUACCAAAACCCAAUUAGAUACCAGCGAGGGCACCAAGACCCUCCUGACCACUAAAAUGCAGCAGUUGACGGAGAAACUGGAUGCCAGCAAUUCCAAAUUGUCCGAGCUGCUAAAGGAGCGAGAGAGCCUGCAGAAGACGCUCGACGAGAUUCGUGCACAAAAACAACAGUCGGAAAUGGGACGCGCUGAUUUGAAUAAUGCGUUUGAAAACCUGAGCAGCGAGUUCGAGAAACUGCAACUGAACUAUGGAAAGCUGCAGAAACGCAUUGACUCACUGGAGGAGGACAAAAAGGCAGUGGAAUUGGAAAUACAACGCAUAUUGAAGGACAAAAAUAUAACUGAAUUAAAUCUGAGAUCUGAGGAAGAUCGCAGCAGCCGCUUGCGUGAGGAAACCAUUUCUUUGCGUGAAGAACUCAAUCGCGUCAGUCUUAAUCGAGAUCUACUUGAGCAACAGCGCAUCGAGUCCGACAACCUCAUUAAUAUGCUGGAGAAACAGAAAUCCGAUUUGGAGUAUGACUUGGACAGGCUGCUGCUAGAAAAGUGUGACCUGCAGGAGAAGCACGAAAAACUUUCGAACAACAAUUGCUCCACCAGUGAUGAGCUUAAGUCUGUCCAGAAUUGUUUGCUUGAUGCUCAGGAAGAGCGCAAGAAAUUGCGUUUGCAGGCCGCCGAUCAGGCCAACGAAAUUGGUGAACUGAAGAAAGAGCUGGCGGUAUUGGACAAGGCGCGUCUUGAGCUAGAGACAGACAAUCUCUCCUAUAGCGAGAAGAUCAAAUGUCUGCAGCUGGAGAAGGAGAAGAUUCUGCAAGAUCUGGCUUGUGUAACACGCGAUCGUGGUGACAUACACAACCAGCUGACGGCCAUGUGUCGCAAGAAGGAGGCCCUCAACGAGGAGCUCAUGCGUACACGGCAACGUCUCGAACAAACCACGGAAACGAAUAGCCGACUCAAUCGCAAUCUCGAAGAAAUGGUCAAGGACGUGGAGGAGAAACAGGUGGUCAUUGAUUUGCAUGAGAAAGACACGCAUCGUUUGAACGAGCUAUUGGCGGCAAUGCGUUCCGAGAAGGAAUCCCUAGAUGCCGUGCUUUUCGACACCAAUACUACCCUAGAGGCCACUGAGGAGAAACGCAGUCAGCUGGAACGUGAUCUGCAGGAAGCAUUGGUACGGGAAGAGUCCUUGAAGAAUCAUGUGGCCCGAUUGCAAAAAGAUCUUGAGCAAUGCCAACGCAAGUCACAGGAGACCAAGACGCAACUGCUUAAUGCUGCACGAGCAGCGGAAAAUGACUUCAAUCAGAAGAUCUCUAAUCUAAAGGCCGCCGCCGAAGAUGCAGCCAAGAAACAUGGCGACGAGGUAUUGCAGCUGCGCAAUGCGCUAGAGAAGCGAAUGCAACAAGCCCUUCAGGCACUGCAAACAGCCAAGGACGAUGAGAUUGAGAAACUACAGGAACGCCUAGCCGCGCUCCAAGCACACAUAGAGAGUCUGGUGCAACAGCAUGAGGAAGCCCUGAUUCGCGCUGAAAACGAAAAGCAGCAGGCUCUUUUGAUGGCACAUCGGGACAAACAGGCGGUAGCCGAGCGACUCGAAGCCGUCGCGAGGGAUCUGAAGACGGAACAAGAGGCAUUGGAUCGCAACAAACGGGAAGCUAAUGCACGUGAUGAAAAGCAGCGUUCGGCCAUAGCACAACUUAAGGAUGAAAUCGUACACAUACGCACUAAAGAGGAGGAGAAUAAAAUCAAAUUGGAAGAGUGCAUACGGAAGCAGGAGCUGCAGCUAACCAGCAUACGUGAGGAGCGUGAUACGCUCUUCAGGCUAUCUGAUGAGCUGAAGAUGGAAAUCCGGCUGAAGGAGGACAAAAUGGAAGGCACCAACAAUGAACUGCAGGAUGCACUGCGAAAGGCCAAGGAAGGCGAGGGUUACAUCGAUAGUUUGCGUAAGGAGUUAACUGAUACCCGACGGCAAUUAGCAGACAGCAACAUUGAACGCGACAAGUACUCGAAUAGCAACAAGGAGCUACGCGAUCAUGUGAAACGCGUCGAGGGUGCCAAACGAGAGCAGGCUCGGGCAAUUGAGGAGGCGUUGCAAAAGAUAAGCAAUCUGGAAGAGACAAAGAACACGCUGGAAAAUGAACGCACCCGUCUGAGCACAAUACUUAAAGAGACGGAGAAUAACUUUACGAAAACCACGCAAGAGUUCAAUGCGACCAAGGCAACACUGCAUAAGACGCAAAUGGAGUUCGCCCAGAAGGAGGAAGGCGGUAAGGAAUUGCAGGGAAAACUACUGAGUGAGACGGAGCUCAAGGAGCGUGCACAGCAGGAAUUGUGUCAGAUAAAGAAGCAGCUCUCCGAUCUGGAGGCAAAUCUGUGUGCCACACGGCAGGAGUUGGCUCGUGCGCGUUGCCACAACAAUCAGGAGGAACAUCGCUUCCAUGCACGCGAGCAGGAGCUGGCCACCCGUAUGGAGGAGGCACGCGGACGCGAAAAGCGCCUCGAGGAUCAAAAACACAAUCUAGAGGUGUGCCUGGCCGAUGCCACGCAACAGAUACAGGAGCUAAAGGCGCGCCUGGGUGGAGCCGAGGGUCGCAUACGGGCUCUGGACGAACAACUGGCCUGUGUCGAGCUGCACAAGCGUGAUACCGAGCACAAGUUAAGCUCUGUGGUGCACACGCUGCGCAGAAUUGCCGGCAUUCAAAUCGAUGGCAGCGUCAAUUUAUCGCAUCGUUUGGUUAGUCCAUCUCGUCGUUUUAGUCCUUCACGCAGCGGGGACUACGACACACGCAGCACUUCCCAGUGUCCUGACGCACCGAUCGAUGUGGAUCCCGAUCUCGUGCGCAAAGGUGUGCGCAACCUUAUGCACCAGGUGGCGCAGAUCGAGCGUGAAAAGGACGAUUACAAGUCACAGCUAUGCGCUGCCAAAAAGCAGCUACAAGAUGCCGCCGAGCAGCAACUACGCUGUGAUACCAAGGUGGGAAAACUACAGAUGCUGCUCCGUAAUCUGCAAGAAGAGAAGAGCAACCUGGAAACGGAACGAAAGAUGAAGAUAUCGGAGCUUAAUGCACUUGAAGAAAAAUUCAAGCACCGCAGUGACGAAUGCCAAAUGUUACGGGAGCGUUUGGCACAAACGGAAAUGCAAUUAGGCGCCACAUCUGAGGAAAAUUCGCAGAAUGAGGAUCGCCUAGAAAAGUGCCGUCAGCAUGGCGCUAAGCUGGAAAAUGAAAAGCGUCAGCUGCAAGAAGAGCUGGCCAAGGUGGAGGGACGCGCCAGCAAACUGGAUCUGCAACGCGUGGCCAUGGAGGGCGACCUCACCCGUCUACAGAUGGCACUCCAAGAAAAAGAUUGCAACAUAAGGCAGGUAUCAGAGCGCCUUGAAAACCAAAAUCGCGCCUUGGCGCAGCUGGAGGAUCGCUGCACAUCGCUUAAGUCCACAGUGGAUCAGAUGAAGGAACGACUGCAAAAAGCAGCAGUCACUGAAACCGAACUGCGUGGUGAGAUAAAAACCCUAAACAAGGAGCUUUCGGAACAGGGCCACUGCUCACAGACAAAUGAGGAUAAGCUGAAGCUGCUGCAGAAAUCACUGCAAACGGCGGAGAAUGAAAAACGCAUCUUAACCGAACGUCUAGACAGUGCACAGACUAAUCUUAAUGAGCUACGACGCAGCCAGCAGGCUCAGUUGGAUGGUAAUCAGCGUUUGCAGGAACAGGUUACGGAUCUGGAGGUGCAGCGCUCCGCACUCGAAUCGCAGCUACGCAUUGCCAAGUGGAAUCAGGAGUCGAAUGAUAAGCCCAGUCUUGGUAAUGUUAAUGGCGGCAGUCGCGAGGAGGAGGAGCUAAGUCGUCAGUUGAAAUCCUCACAACGUGAGAAAUCUGAGCUGCGCAGCAAGCUGCAAACCUUGCAGGAUAAGGUCAAGCAGUUAGAAUGCGAGCGCAAGAGCAAAUUUUCAAGUGGAAAUGCCUACGAUCGUGCUGAGAAAUCAAGUUCCUAUUAUGGUGGGGGUGUAGGCGGAGGUACAGGUGAUCGGAUGGCAGAUAACGGCGAGUACGAUUCCAAUCGCUUUGACAGUGGCAACAACGGAGCCUAUAGCUGUGGCUUAGACCAUGCUGUCAUUGAACAAGAGACGCGUGAUUUACGCUUAAAGGUGCGUCGCUUGGAAACGCUGCUCGCCGAGAAGGAAUCGGAGCUGGCGCGUUGUAAAGCACGCAUGCAUGACAGCGCCAAGUGCGUGGAUGGAAUGGAUUCGGAGCGUUAUCGGAGUGCCCAAAUGCAUGCAGAAAAAUUAUUGGAUGCGCGCGAACAAUCCCACAAGCAGCAAGUGCUAAGGCUUGAAAAUCAGAUUUCCAUGUUGCGCGAACAAUUGGCACAGGAGGCUAAGCGGCGUCAACAAUAUAUUCUGCGCAGCUCCAAGGCCAAUCGAGAGAUGCAACAUUUGCGCAGCACGUUGGGCGAUUCGUUGCGCAAUGUCUCACAGCAUCCAGUUGACUCACAUCUGCUGGAGAGUGAGACCAGGCGCUUGGACUCGGCGGUGUCCAUGAGUUUGCCGCCCUCUACGUGUCGCGACUAUGAACGCGAUUAAUUGGCUUGUUGGUUAUUUGGUAACUUGAUCCCGCCAAGACUUUUGAAGCAUUAACUGCCAGCUUAAAAGCAAAAGAGCUGCAUUUAUUUAUGGCAAUUGCAUUAAGCCUACAAAGAUAAACAAUAUUUAUUUAGUAGUCAUCCAAUACUAGUCACGCUCGAGUUAAAAAUUGGGCAUAGUCGUCGUCACUACUCAUCAAAAUGAAUCUAUCAACAACUAUUUAGUACAAUUCUAGCUGUUCAUUGUCUGCUCGCUAGACAAUCGAAUAUAGUGCGCAACAUGAUCUUUCGCAUAAGAAAAAAAUGAAAACUUCAAUCGACAUUCAUCUUUCCACAUACAUGCAUUAAACAGUCACCAGUUCCAAUUCUCCUUAAAAACUGGAGAACACCGAACAAUAUACAUAUACAAGUAUACAAUAUACUUACAUACAUACAAUGAACUAAAAAUUACCAGAUGUUUGUAUGCAUUUAUAUUGUUAUUCACCCAUAGCUGCACCAAACCUCUGAAGAUACAGAAACAUAUAUGGUUAAUUUUAAAAAACUCUAAUAAAAACUCCAGAGCUCCGCAAAUUUUAUAAA